UUUUUGUUUUGGCCGCUUCAACACGGGCUAUUUGGGAGGCAAGCAUCGCACGAUAAGGGUGGUAAUGGAUGGUCCCGGAGCUGAAAAUGACUUUAAGAGCCACGCUUUUAGGCAGAAAGUGGUUGGGCAGAUAGAAGAAGCAAUGCGAAAGGCUGGAACAGCACAUACUAAAUCCAGCACUGAUAUGGAAAACCAUAUCUUCAUGAAAGCUAAAACAAGGGAUGAUUACUUAUCCUUGGUGGCUAGGCUAAUCCUGCACUUUAGAGACAUUCACAAAAAAUCUCAAGGCCCUGAUCCAAUGAAUGCUUUGCAGACAUUGACUGGAGGUCCUCCAGGUGGUGCUGCUGGAAUGGGAAUGGCUGUACGCCCUCAAGGUGCAGCAAUGUCUGCUAUGGCUGGACUUGGGCAGAUAAACCAGCAGAUUUUACCUGGACAGCCACAGCCAGGAGCAUCAGGAAUGGCACCUCAUGGCAUGCAAGGAGUAGCUAAUCCAAAUCAACAGACUCAGCUUCAAAUGCAAAUGGCUCAACAGCAGCAUCACCAACAACAGUUCCAACAACAACAAGCUGCAUUGCAGCAGCAACAGCAGCAGCAGCAGCAAUUCCAAACUCAGCAACAGCAGCAGUUUCAGGCCCAGCAAGCAGCUGUCCAACAGCAGCAAUUACAACAGCAGCACCAAAUGAAGAUGAUACAGAUUCAAAAUAACACACAGUCUCAGAUGAUUCCAUCAAGAUUGCAGCAGCAACAACAGCAGCAACUGCAGCAGAUGGUACAAAUGCAGCAGCAGCUCCAGCAGCAUCAGCAGGCAGCACAGGCUCAGGCACAAGCAAUGCAGCAGACACAGCACCAGUCCCAAACUCAAACCAUACAGCAGCAGAUGCAACAGCUGGCCCAGAAACAGCAACAGGCACCCCAGCCCCAGCAAGCGCAGAUGCCACCACAGUCCCAGGCACAAAAUAUGGUUCCACAGUCUUUAGCAGGGCAAAUGGCAGGUCAACAAGUCUCCAUGAACACCAUAAACCAACAGCAGCAAUUAAAGUACCAAGCAAUACAGCUUCAGUUAGCCCAGCAACAGCAGGCCCAGCAGCAAGUACAACAUCAAGUUCAACAGCAAGUACAACACCAGACCCAGCUUGUAGCAGGGCCCCCUGGACAGAUGAUGUCCACUACUAUGGUCCGAGGUGGGAUGCAAAUACAACCAAGGUUACCUCGCGCAACCGCAGCUCCUCCAAUGCCUUCAAACACCACUCCUUUGGGAGGACAGCAUAUGCCACAGGUCAGUCAGAGCAGCCUUUCAAUGAUGUCUUCCCCUUCUCCAGUUCAGCAGACAGCCACACCUCAGUCAAUGCCACCUCCUCCUCAGCCACAGCCAUCACCUCAGCCUCCUACUUCACAACCAAACUCCAAUGUUAGCUCUGGCCCAGCUCCAUCCCCUAGUGGAUUCCUCCCAAGUCCAUCUCCACAACCUUCCCAAAGUCCUGCAACAGCACGUACCCCUCAGAAUUUCAGUGUACCUUCCCCUGGUCCGCUAAACACACCAGUUAAUCCAACUUCAGUAAUGAGUCCAGCUGGUUCAUCCCAAACUGAGGAGCAGCUGUAUUUAGAAAAGCUAAAGCAACUGUCCAAGUAUAUUGAGCCAUUAAGGAGGAUGAUCAACAAAAUUGAUAAAAAUGAAGAAAGGAAGAAAGAUCUGAGUAAGAUGAAAAGCUUGCUUGAUAUCCUCACAGAUCCUUCCAAACGGUGUCCUCUGAAAACUCUUCAAAAAUGUGAAAUCGCUCUUGAAAAGCUGAAGAAUGACAUGGCUGUGCCAACACCGCCUCCUCCGCCAAUGCCGAGCACAAAACAGCAGUACCUGUGUCAACCCCUGCUGGACGCAGUUUUGACGAAUAUUCGUUCCCCUGUCUUCAACCAUUCUUUGUACCGUACUUUUGCACCAGCAAUGACUGCUAUUCAUGGACCUCCAAUUGUUGGUCCAGUGAUUCCUUCACGGAAACGGAAAAGUGAUGAUGAUGAAAGACAGACUAUUCCAAAUAUUCUUCAAGGGGAAGUGGCACGUUUAAAUCCAAAAUUCAUGGUUAAUUUGGACCCUUCUCAUUGCAGUAACAAUGGGACUGUUCAUUUAAUAUGUAAACUAGAUGAUAAAAAUCUUCCAAGUGUCCCUCCCCUGCAGUUGAGCAUACCAGCAGAUUAUCCAGACCAGAGUCCCCAAUGGGCAGAUGAUGCACAGCAAUAUGAGGCGAAUCCUUUUCUGCAAACUGUUCAUCGGAAUAUGACAUCAAAACUUCUUCAGUUGCCAGACAAGCACUCUGUUACAGCACUUCUCAACACUUGGGCUCAGAGUGUAAGCCAAGCCUGCUUGUCUGCUGCAUAAUAGUGUGCAAACACCAAUAAAAAAGGACCAAGCUUACCUUAAAUAAAAGGAAGUUAUAAGUGCAGUAAUUAUAAAUAGCUGUCAUAUAUAAAUCCAAAAGUGUCCAAAAGGAAUAAAAUGUAUAUUAUAGUGGCUAAUGGUAACACAUUAACUAUUUGUUUGGUUUACUUUUCUGUACCAGUUCAAUAACAAUAAAAAAAAAAUAAAAAAU